AGUGCAGGUUGUAACAAAGAAGGUAGAGGAAGUUCUGGUUGAGCUGGAAUUGGAGAGCUGUUGCUAGUCUGUAAUAUUUGACCAUUCGAUUGGAGCCGUGACCUGCGAGCCGGGUGUUCAGCCUCUGUUAAAAAGGACCUGUUCUGAAGCGGGAUUUGUUUGUGAGCGGGCGAGAUGCGUGUGGUGAGCUUCUUGGCGUUGGCCUUGUGUUCGUUGGCCGCCUGGGCGCAGGCCGACGAGGAUGAAGUUUGUCCUUUGUGCUUAACAAACCAAUAUGCCAAAUGCAGUGGAUCUGAAUGUGAAUGUACAAUGAAACUGGCUCAGGAUCUGAAGCAACCAGUAAAUUGCACACUAUUGACCCGCAAGUGUUGGAUGAUGAAGAAUGAAAUGUACAGAAAGAAGAAUAAUAUUGGAACCCGCAGAAAGCCCACUGAGCAUGCUAUGUUGGAUAAUGAUGGCAUUUAUGAUCCUGACUGCAAAAAUAAUGGAGACUUCCAUGCCAAGCAAUGCAAUGGGACUGACACAUGCUGGUGUGUUAACAGUGCUGGUGUUCGGAGAACUGACAAAGGAGAUAAAGGCAUUAUGUGCCCGGAGCUUGUGAAGACCUUUUGGUUUCAAGUUCAGCUGAGACACAAACCCAUCAAUAAAGCGAUCAGUGAAGAUAAACUUAAAGAUACAAUCGAAAAAAUGUUUGCAGACUACAAAGUGGACAAAGGCUACAUUGAGAAAAUUGAGUAUUUCAAGGAUGACCGUUAUAUAUAUGUGGACCUGAAGCAAAAUCGUACUGUGGACUCGCCAACUGAUCUUGCUACAGCAGCAUAUUAUCUAGAAAAGGAUAUCAAGGGUAACUCAUUGUUCUCCUUCAACUAUAAUCGAUCAGUCCAAGAUGAUGGUAUUCCAUAUGAUGGCACUAAGCUUGCUUUUGACGAAGCUUAUGUAUACUACAUUGAUUCAAAGAAUCCAGAGUUCUCCAUGAAGGGAAUGACCCCUGGGAUUAUUGCCGUUGUUGUUGUAGUGUGCCUUGCAGUUGUGGCUGGACUCAUUGUGCUUUUCUUUGCCCGAAGGAAGGCAGCCAAGUCACACAUAUAUCAAAAAGCAGAGGGAAGAGAACUGGAUGAAAUUCAGAAACAGCAGUUGACUACCUAAUCCUAAAACAGAUGUGUUUGGGACCAAUUGAUGUCCUACAACCUGGGAAUAUUGAGCCAUUGAGCCAAAGCAAGUGGAUAGUCAUCUAAUUUUGGAUUAUUUACAAGGUUGCUGUGCAGCCCCUAACUUCCAUUCCUUUAAGUAAUUCCAUCUUUUCUACUUGCAUUUGAGAGAUUUGCUUAAUACAAAAUGGUAAAUGUUACUGGACUUUGCUCCCAAGGCUUUAGUUGCAAAUUCUCAAAUGGUCUUACUGAAUUGUAGCUUGUUUAUAAUAAUUUGUGUUUUCAUGUUUGAUAUUGGCAUUUUAAACUAGCAUUGCAUAUUGGGAUAAUAUUGAAAACUCUGAAAUAGUUAACCUUUUAAACUGUAUAGUUGAAAGCUUGUUUUGGGUCAUGUUUUAAGUUUAGCAAUUCAUUGGAGCUUGUGUACAAAAUACUUUUUUAAAUUGUAAUGUCUUUUUUAAUAAAGACUACAAAUUUGACUUAAA